GAGAGCCAUUCAGAAGUGGGCGCCGUCUCUGUCUACGUACAACCCCGUAAAUUUCUACAGGAAUUGCCCAGCAACGACGGCUUUGCGAACCGCGACAAUCGUGUCUCCCGACUCAGUAUCCGAUAUCACGACGAUUUCGAUUAUUACAAUCAACGCGGGCCUAUUGCUCGUCAAUACGAUUUGACUUGGAGCGCGUUUUGUCGAUCAAUUUAUCCAACCUCUGCCGCGAAUCCCCACUGUUGCUUUUGUUUUCUUUCGCGGGCUUCAGUUGUUUCCAUCAGCACGCGCCAUCUUGCUCUCUUGCGCUCUUCAGACUACCAUUUCCGCCAGUAUACGACACUACCGGCAACCAUGAGUUUAUUCGGUACAGCCCAGCAGACAGGCCAAUCACUUUUCGGUGCUCCUCAGACAGGCACUUCGUUGUUUGGGCAAACGCAGCAACAGCAGCAGCCGCAACAACAACAACAGUCAACUGCCUCCAUCCUCGGCCAGUCGCAGGCAAGCCAGAACCCGCAGUUGGGCAGCUCUCUAUGGCAGCCCGGAAGCCAGACGACCUACCAAAAGCCGAUCCCGGAGCAGAUUCAAGUCAUCACUCAGAAAUGGGACCCAACCAACCCCAACUGCGCUUUUAAGACGUACCUCUACAACAAGGUCGAUGAGCACGCCGCUCCCCUCUACCAGCCUGGACCGAACGACGACCCCAAGGAAUGGGAAGAGGCUCUCGCGAAGAAGCCAGGGCCGAACUACAUCCCCGUGCUGUGCGCCGGCUUCCCCGCUAUCGUUGCGCGCCUGCUUCUCCAGCGGCGCGUGAUCACUGAGUUCAAUAACAAGCUGCAUGCCAUCAACGCCAGUCUGGACGAGAUCCUGUCACGCCACGACCUCGAGCACUCGGUGCGCGCGCUCAAGGCGAAGAGGAGGCACGCGGAGCUGAGCAAGCGGUGCCUGGCGCUGGCGUCGCGGGUGCAGGUGCUGCGUAAUAGGGGGUACGCGCUGAGCAGCGACGAGGAUGAGCUCAAGCAGAAGCUGGCCAAGAUCGACAAGCACAUCCAGGACCCGGCGCUGAGCGCGCGCAUGGAGGAGCUCUGGAGUAGGCUGAUUAUCUUGAGAGGAUAUGCGGAUAAUCUGAGAGAUGAGAUCAACAAGCCGGGUUUUGCAGAGAGCGACGGACUUGAUGAGGAGGUUGAGGCGAAAGCGAAGAAGAUUCUCGAGGACUACGAGAAGCAACUGCAGCACCUCAAACAGCAGGUCGAGGAAGCCAGGAAGGAAUAUGAAGACUGGGAGAAGGAGCAUCAGCCCACUCCGGCGCCCAUGUAAAGGCGUGAGUGUUCGUGGCUGGACAAUGGUGUGAGGCGUAAAACUGAUCAGAGAGUCUGCUGGGGCUGCUUGGGAGCUUACCGAGAAAAGCAAGAUCACGGAUACGGGAUUUUAAUGUGGAAAAGCUGGGCUGGAGCGGAACAGGAACGACUGUAGAAAGCAUGUAUUGGCGUUCAGUGGUUUAUGUGGGAAUUGGCGGCUGGCACUGGAGGAAAUACAUCAUGCUCGCAGGGAGUUUUCUUGGCCAUAGCACCGAACCUCCUAUAUUCAAACUGUGCUGUUUGCUUGGGUAUCGUGCAAGCGGUUGUCAUAGACAGUUUGAAGCUAACUAUGCCCAGUGUUUGAUAUACACUUGGCGUGAUGGGUUGGGGUCUCAAGUGGAUGGUCUCUGUGCGUACCGUACAAGGUCGUCGAAUUAUCAUUUUGAAGUGCACAGCUAAAGGUGUCGGACAAACACGUACAAGCUCUUCGACGGCUGUCAAAAGAAUGUGGCACGCUCUCAAGCCUAGAUUAUCGGCAAAACACACUACCUCC